AUGGAUUCGUCACCAACGUCAACUAUGGGAUGCUUCGGAUGCUUCCGCAAAGUCAAUCAGCGAACGGCCCGUUCUUACAUCUCCAGCGGCUAUUAUGGCACCAAUGGAUUCAAGUACCUCGCUGUCAAUGGUCAGAGUGCGAAUGGAGCCAUCACGGCGGGACCGAGACCACACUGUAUAGAAACGGCACGCUUCAAGUCAAGUCCACCGCUGACGGACACGGGAGCCAGUAGUCCUCAAUAUGUCAGCAUCGAUCAGGCAUCGGAAAUGAGCCGGCGGGCAAUCGUGGAUCGAAAGCGUUCGAUGCUCUACGUUCAAAGAUCAUCGGAUACGAAUGAUUCCGGGAUCGGUCGCUGCUCUGGUCGGGAGUUGAGUGAUGAGAGUUUCUCCCGACAUCAGUUGACGUACGCAAAUGUGCACAAACAGAAACCGUUGUAUCCGUCGAUUCUUCAUCCGGCGUUGCAAGAGCAACUAUCUCUGAGCGCUUCGUCCUCACCCAUCGGCUGUCGCGUACCGCGACGAGCUUCCGCCAGCCAAAUAGCCCCUCCGAAAGGGACCCCCCAGAGAUCCAGCAGUCAACGUUUUGAUCCGAGAGCUUUGAAUUCUCAGCCGCCUAUACCAAUCCACAGAGACCACGUGAGAAGUUUCAGGAGCUCCUACUUAUCGAACGAGUCGUCUGAGACGGGGUCGGAAGAGAACAAUGCUGACUCGACAUUAGCAAGGGAAAUGGCGCUCUUGAAAUUGGAGCUCGAAAUGGUUCGACUCGAGUGCGAAUCGAUAAUGAGGCAACAGGCUCGAGCCAAUUCCUACUCGCAUCUGAACAAACAUUGCAAUGGAAAAUGUUGUUAUCAUCAGCACGGCGGAUUUUACGAUCACAUAUACGAUGAUGUGCAUACGUAUUCGCGAGGACCACGCGCCGCGUAUUCACACAAUUACGUAAACGUGCCUUACGUUACACCGUUCCAAGGCCAUGGACAGGGCUUACCAGUGCACGCGACCCGUUUCAAUGGAACACCCAUCGAUGUACUCCGGUUACGACAGAGAUCGAGUUCAGCCAGCCCGAGUCGAUUUGGACGAGGCGUAUCGGAAUCUCAUUCGAUGAUGGAUAUGCCUCGAAGGGUAACGUCCCCAUCUCCGUCUCCUCUCGUCAAUGGCCACAUAGCACACAACGGUAUCCAACAAAUGGCAUCCCAUGCGUCUCCAGUAGGACAAUCGUAUCUUUACCGACCGCAUAGAAGUUGUUCCAAUCCCGCGAUAAAACGACUAGAAGAACGGGAGCCCUCCGUGCCGCCCAGGGAUCAGCUCGGUCAAAAUGGGAGUUUCAACGUGAUCCCAAACGCAGCUUAUCCCUACAAGCACUCUCGAAGUCGUUCGCACGGGGGCGGCUUCCAGCAGUAUCAGAGUCAUUUUCAGCAAAGUAUUCCAACAGUACAAGAGCAGAGCGGUAGCUCGAGGGAGCAGUUGGACGACGUGAGCAGCGACGAGAGUCGAAGCGUUACACCGGUGGCAGAGUACGAGCACUCUCUGCCGUCAACCCCGGGCACACAAUCGCCGUGUCCGGCGUCGGAGCCGAUCGCGGGACCGCAUGCUCGUCGACCAAUGGGGGGUUCGGGCCCGCAGACAGCAGUGACUCCACCGCACCGGGUAGCUGUCGCACUCAGAGAUCAGCAGUCUGCACACUUUAAUUCACCUGCGUCCAACUGUAACAGUCCGCGUUAUAGUCGCGAACGCACCGUGGAAGAAGCCAAUGAGAGCAUGCAUCACAUGAUGCAUCUUCUAGCCAACUUGGACAAGACACGUCGGAUGCAGACCCGACUUCAGAUGCAGGAGACGCUGCCGCAGAACCCGCACUGGCCGAUAAAUCCGAACCUCAAUCCCGAACUUCACCGGGACCGUGAGAAACUCAAGGAGAAAAUCAAGCGGAAAAGAGAACGCGCGCAGAAACGUCGAGAACAACCAUAUCCGAGCUCAGCGCCGACGGACACAAUGAGUACAACUGAAUCCGAGUAUGGAUUCCUGCCUGGCAGGCGACCCGGUUCCAAAGCGAAGCCCGAACUUGUGCCCCUCGGAGAGAUUCUUUCCCGUGAUCGAUCACAAUACCAGGAUCAGGCCGAAGCAGAAGACAAUGGGAGUCGCUGUACGACGCCACGCAACGAGGAAGCCGACGAGAGCGGUGAGCUGUGAAACUUGAUCAAUGUGAACGAGUCAGGUCUGGUGAGUCCAUCAUUGCUUCCGAGUCCUGGAUCGGGUCUCAGCAGUCCCGUGAGUUCAGGAAACGGCAACUCACUACCCACAGCCCAAAUCGUCGGCAGCCUCCUGAUCUCAUCGUCCUCGGCAAACGCAAGUCCUACGCAGACGAUAUUUGGCAACAAUAAUGGGAGUGGAGGUCUACCAACGAAGGAUAUCAAAGAAGUCAAGGAUAUCCGAGACAUAAAGGACAUUCUCAGGGAGAAGAAUCUGGUGCGGAUUGCAGACAAGUCUCGUAUCGAUCAGAUCAAGAAAGAAGAAUCGGAUGGGACUGUCUCGACCACUCUAUAG